CGCAGGGUGUGCGCCCCAGGCCCAGGCCGAACCCGCUGACAAGAGGGCGCCCAAGGGUGUGCGCGCUCCGGACGCCGGGUGUGCGCCUGCCCCGGGGUGCGCGCCCGAGACAGGACUGUGCACUCGGAGACUGCGUGCACCCCGAAGCCGGGUGUGAGCCGGCCCCUGGCACGGCUGGCCCGCCGGCCCGCCGACCGCCCGCCUCGCACCGGACACCCUCCGCUAGCCAAGGUCUAAGAGUGGUGCUGGAUUUGGAGAGCCUGAAACCUCUGUGCUGUGCCUCUCACCUGCCUCUGCUCCAAAGAGCUGCGGCCGCAGUGGGCUGGCUGGGACUCUGCAAGGAGCCUGCCUGGGACACCGAGACCUUCCUCCUUUGCAGCUGCCUUCUCCCUGGCUCCAGCAUCUGCCUCUCUGAGAUCUCUGGUCUGUGUUGCAGUUAAAAACCGUGCCUGGAGCUGGAUCCUUACAGAAGUUAGCCGGCUGGAGAACUCAGUUGGCAGGAUCCUUUUCAGGAGUGCACUUCACCUCCCCGGGUGUCUGGGCUGCAGCACGGCCAGAUGCCUCCUGCUUCUUAGCACAGGGGACAUUGACCCUCGGAGGCAAGGGGCCCUGGAACAGGGAAGCUCUCAUCGUUUUGGCAGGACCCACACGAGAGCCGUCUGACACAUUGCACAGACUGAGCGGAUGAAGAGUGCCUAAGAGACUGGCGGUCAGCAUUCCCUAAGAUGGAGAAGACAGAUGCCAAAGACCAGUCCUCUCAGGCAGACGAGGAGAAAGACCAUCCAAAGAGCCACCCCUAUUCGGUGGAGACCCCAUAUGGCUUUCAUUUGGACCUGGACUUCCUCAAGUAUGUGGAUGACAUUGAGAAGGGAAACACCAUCAAAAGGAUUCCUAUCCACAGAAGGGCCAAGCAGGCCAAGUUCAGCACUUUGCCCCGAAACUUCAGCCUUCCUGACAGUGGGGCUCGCUUGCAUGCUGCUCUUCCCCACCCAAACUGGUCCCCACUAGUGUCCAGGAAGGUGUCGCUGGGGACAGAGGAACGAGCCCACGCACUGACGCUCGGUGAUCACCCCCAACCCUCCCUGCGUGGGAGCGAGGGGAGCUACCACAGGAGGGCCCUGCUGGCUGAGACCGCCAGACAGCUGGAGUCUGCGGCUCCCGGGGAGGCUGAGCUCGCCUCGGGGAGCGGACGGCCCCAGCUUUUGAGAGCAUGCAGCAUGCCAGCCACACUGCUGCAAAACAGGGCCUCAGAGGACUCCAGCCUCACCUCAGGUCCUCCCACGCUGCCCGCCCUCAUUCCCCUUCCGGGAGAAGGCAAUGUCUGUGGGGGCACCUUUGGCCCUGCGGAAGGAUUUGAAGGUGUUCCCAACUCCACCACCUGGGCAGCUACCCAACCAAAAGUCAAAGAGCUUGGAGACCUGGUGCCAGGGAUUCCAGAACUGGUCCAGGAAACGGCUGAGCACCCGGAGGGUGAAGAAGAGGCUCCACAUCUGUUCCCUCCCCCAAGUCCUCCUUUCUCAUCCCAGAAUACACUUGUAGUUUUAGAGGAUGCAAAAAACGAACAUAAAACCAGAGAAGCAGAGGUGGUGUUCACCCCUGGCUCCCCAACACCAAGCCCCCCACCUCUGCCCUCACCCAUCCCUGAGAAUGAGCUCCCCCUGGAAGAAAUCGAGCUCAACAUCAGUGAGAUCCCCCCUCCGCCGCCGGUGGAGGUGGACGUGAGAAGUGUUGGCACGCGGGUCACAGAGGAAAGCCUGGGCCUUGCUGCCCUGGAUCCUGGCAGCAUCUCCAGCCUGAAGCAGCAGCUCUUGGACCUUGAGGAUGCAUUGUCUGGAAAAAUUGAAGAACUGGUCCAGGUGAGAGCUGCCCUCCAAGAGCAGGAGGAGGAAAUCAAGGCUAAGGGGCAGAGGAUCCAAGAGCUCGAGUGCACUGUAGCUCAACUGGCAGGAAAGCUUAGCCAUGGGAACACCAAAGACGCUCAGGGCCAAACUGAUGCCACAGUCAACAGCGACUCCCUCCUCGGACUCUCGGCCAGGCAGUCAUGUGACAAGAGCAUUGGUGUCAACCUUCUGAGCAGCAUGGGAUCUGAAAGUUGGAGGGCCAGAGGAGAGGAGAAUGGCCUCCUCUGGGGGCAGGACAGUCACAAACAGGGGGAUCAGAGCCCAGCAGAAUUCGUGCCACCAUCCCAGCUGUCACUGCCAGAGGACCCUGAGGUGGUCCUCACCUCUCCUUUAUGUAGCUGCUUCUCCACUGAGCUCAGGAUAGAAGAGGGAGGCUCUGAGCAGGACGGAGACCCUCAGGCGGGAGCCGAGAGUCUGGUCAGAGGAGCAGGAGGCUCUUUAGGGAGCAGUGACAUAAAGGCUCCCCCAGCAGGGCAGGAGGAGGCCAGUUCAGAACUCCCAGGGAAAGAGGGCACACAAAGGCCACCAAGUUCACCCACAGAUGCCACCAUUGGGCAAUAUGUUAAGAAGAUCCAGGAGCUCCUGCAGGAACAGUGGAGCUGCCUGGAGCACGGGUACCCAGAGCUGGCCAGUGCCAUCAAGCAGCCCGCCUCCAAACUCAGCAGCAUCCAGCGCCAGCUCCUGAGCUCCCUCAACCUGCUGCUGUCUGCCUACUCAGCCCAGGGUCCACCCCAGAAGGAGUCCCCAGCCCCCUCCUCCUCUCCACCACCAAUGGAAAUCUCCCCGUCGACCAGCCUUAAAUCCAUAAUGAAAAAGAAAGACUAUGGCUUCCGUGCAGGAGGUAAUGGGACCAAAAAGAACCUUCAGUUUGUUGGGGUUAACGGUGGCUACGAGACCACCUCAAGUGAGGAGACCAGUGGCGAGGACAGCUCCCCAGAAGACUUGUCUGACAGUGAGGCUGAGAAGAAGUGUGAUGGCCUGGAACAUAGGCGGGACAGAGACGCCCACUCCAGCUGUAAGGUGGGACAAGGCAUCUCUGAGAGCACCUGCGACACAGGCCAGGAAAGGGGACCUGGGGAAGAACCCCUUCUUCCCAAGGCUGAGCGAUACAAACCCUCUGAAGAAUUUCUUAAUGCAUGCCGGGCAUUGAGCCAGCAUCUGCCAGAAACUGGGACCACCACCGACCAGCUCUUGAAGCAAAGCUUGAACACCAUCAGUCAAGAGUGGUUUCGAGUUUCUAGCCGGAAGUCAUCCAGUCCUGCUGUGGUGGCCGCCUACCUCCAGCCUCACUCCCCACACUUCCUAAAGCUGCUCGUCAACCUGGCUGAUGGGAAUGGAAACACAGCCCUGCACUACAGUGUGUCCCACUCCAACUUCCCUGUCGUCAAGCUGCUGCUGGAGACAGGCAUCUGCAACGUGGAUCAUCAGAACAAAGCUGGCUAUACCGCCGUGAUGAUCACUCCCCUGGCUUCUGCGGAGACCGAUGAAGACAUGGCUGUUGUCUGGAAGCUCUUAAGGGAAGGAAAUGUGAAUAUCCAAGCUACCCAGGGAGGCCAGACUGCGCUGAUGCUGGGAGUCAGCCACGACAGGGUGGACAUGGUCCGAGCGCUGCUGAGCUGCCAGGCAGAUGUCAACCUGCAGGACCACGAUGGAUCGUCGGCCCUGAUGCUGGCCUGUCACCAUGGCAACACGGACAUGGUGCAGCUGCUCCUGGCACACCCGGCCUGUGACAGCAGCCUGACGGACAAGGCUGGCCGAACAGCUCUGUCCAUCGCUCUGCACCCGCCUGCCCAUGUGGAAAUUGCAGGGCUUCUGCAGGCCCAUGUGGAGCAGGGCAGGGCCCUGGGGCCAUAGGGGCUGUGGAAGAACUGGCAGCCAGGAACAAACGGCCCCUUCUCUGGACUCCUCCCUCGCCCUUGGAGAGGGCAUGGGUCACAGCGAGAGGGCCACCCCUCAAGAGGAAAAACUAUGUCAAAUAUGCACAUACAUUCCUGUUGUGUAAUUCUGCUCAGUAGGAUGCUUUGUAGUUUUGCCUUAGGCCAAGCCCCCAGACAACUCAGGCUGCAGAGCAGGGUGCAAGGUGCAGGGCGCUUUGGUGUCAUCUAAAAUCCCGGAUAUCUUCAGCCUGGAAUUUUUCAUGACUCCACCCUUUGUAGCAUUGCUUAGUGAGCCAGCAGGCAGGAGCACAUUAGAAAAGCAAUACUUUUUACAUGGAAUUUUAAAGUGCACCAUCUUUUUGUUUUUUACUCAAUUAUGUAUGAAUAUGUCCCCUUGACUAUGCAUGUCUAGAGAAGAUGGGGGAGAUUUAAACAGUCGUCCUGUCAGUCAUUCUCUAGAGGAUCAUAGGAGAAUCACCAUGCAGACAGGUGACACCGAACAAACUCCAUUUGGGGCCUGUGCCCACUUGGGGUGGAAAGAGAAAUCUUAAAUUCAGUCAAGGUAGAAAGAAGCACACUGGCGUCAGUGCCAGACCUACAUCUAAACCACCUGUGAGUCAUUUAGCAGCUCCAGUUUGCUCCACGGAAAUUGGAAUUAAUCAGGAAAUCCAAUCCAGUGAAGCACACAUGUAUUUAGGCAAUCAGUUACGUCAGCUAUUCUGAAAAAAAAAACAAAAACAAAAACAAAAACAAAAACAAAAAAAAAACAAAUGAAUCAGAGUAUCCUCCUGCGGAUGGGUUCUUGCCAUCCAGAAGUCCCGCAUUUCCUCCAUAGCUGUACCCAUGGCCCUAUGGUAAUCCCAGCUCCUUCCAGCCCCAAUGAGCAAACUGUGAGCCCACUGAGGUCCUGAGGUUUCUGCGGUCCCAGAGGGCAGACUCUUCUGGCCUGGGUCACAGCAGGUGUGUGGGAGCCAGGCAGAGCAGGACUCCCCUGGGCUGGCGUCUCUCUCCCCUGCACAGUUCUCUCUUAAACUCCCGUAAUCCCAGGACUCAUACGUAUGUGGCCCAUAUUCAGUAACUCACACAGGGUCAUCUACAAAUUUGUUCUUUCUUAAAGUCUCUUAUGCACAAAAUCACCUUAAGUGAAAAAGAGAGACAUCAGAGUUCAGUGAGUCUCACAUUGGAAACACAAAAUCUUGAGAUCUUAUUUUGACUGAGAUGCCAAUUUGCUUGGUGCCCCUUGGGUGAGUCACAAAACCUCCUUGGGCCUUAGUUUCAUUGUUUUUAAAAACGAAACUUACACAACCUACCUCCUGGGGGUGUUGUGCAAGGCACAGAUGAUGGAAGUUUGGGAAUCCACUUUCAAUCCAAGAAGACGGGAUACGGGUUUGCCAUUAGGAUUCACAAGAGAGGCUCACAGCCCCAGAGCAGGACACUGGCAUGUGACGGAGUUGCUCAGAGGUGGCAAGAAUGGAGCAAUUAAUAAGCUAAAAAUGUUAUAUAAAUGGGUUUGUUUUGACCUCAAAGCACACUUUAAGAGCAAAGCCCUACAUCAAUAAAUAUUUUAACCCAGUGCUUCUCAAACUCUGAUAUGUGCACAGAUCUCCCAAGUGUAGUAGGUCUGGGGGAGGGAAGGGGCCUGAUAUUCUGCAUUUCUAACCAGCUCCCAGGGGAUGCCAAUGCUGCUGGGCCACACCACACUUGGAGUAUCAAGGCCCUGGCCUUUGACUGUUUGUAUAGUAAAAUGCUGCCCCUCAA